AUGACUAUCGAGGGGAAGAAAGCUCCUGCUGCGAAUGUAUGCAUUUCCUGCGCCGGGGGCCAUAGCCCCACUUCUUGUCCGGUGAUCCUUGCCGGGGGCGCCGCGAACGCGACCUCGCUCCGACCUAUGGGUAGCGCUGGCGCUCCCCAAGCCCCCAAAGCCCCCGCUGCUGCCGGACCCCGUGUUCGCACGGAGGCACAGAAGGCACGCAAGAAGGAGGAGCGCCGGAAGUACAAAGCGAAGAAGAAGAAGAGAGUGCGCAAGACCUCCCACCAUGACAGAGGGAUGGGGCGAAAGCCCAACACUGUGGCAGCUAAGGGGCUUGAGGAUACCGCUGCUUGGGGGCUGGAGAACGUGGAGAGUGAGCACUCGGAACUAGAAGAGACUGCAGUUCCAGUAGCCAACUGCGUGCCCCAUGAUGCGGAGGACCGGAUAAAACUGGGCAAUAAGCAGGAUCGAGGGGCUGAUGAGCGAAAGCUUUCUGAAGCUUAG